GCGUCGCUUAGCAGCCGCCGCCGUUACUACUCACUAGAGAUCCGUUGGCGGUAUCCAGUGUCCGAUUGGAACCGCGCUGGCGAGCUGUCACGCGUGGCGGCGGGGCUCGGCUGGGUGAGUGUGGUAGCUGAGGGGCCGCCGCUGGAUGCCAGGCUUGCUUUAGAAAGUAAAGCACAGUGAAAGAAUUCAAGAUGCCACCUAAUAUAAACUGGAAAGAAAUAAGAAAAGUUGACCCAGAUGAGUUGCCUCGUCAAGAAGAAUUGGCAAAUAAUUUAUUGAUUUCCUUAUCUAAGGUGGAAGUAAAUGAGCUAAAAAGUGAAAGUCAAGAAAAUAUGAUACACCUUUUCAGAAUUACUCAGUCUCUAAUGAAGAUGAAAGCUCAAGAAGUAGAGCUAGCUUUGGAAGAAGUUGAAAAAGCUGGAGAAGAACAAGCAAAAUUUGAAAAUCAAUUAAAAACUAAAGUAAUGAAACUGGAAAAUGAACUGGAGAUGGCACAGCACUCUGCAGGUGGACGUGACACUCGCUUUUUACGUGAUGAAAUUUGCCAACUUGAAAAGCAGUUGGAACAAAAAGAUAGAGAAUUGGAAGACAUGGAAAAAGAGUUAGAGAAAGAAAAGAAAGUUAAUGAGCAAUUGGCUCUUCGAAAUGAGGAGGCAGAAAAUGAAAACAGCAAAUUAAGGAGAGAGAAUGAACAGCUUCGUCAGGAUAUUAUUGACUAUCAAAAACAAAUAGAUUCGCAAAAAGAAACACUUUUAUCAAGAAGAGGAGAAGACAGUGACUACCGAUCACAAUUGUCUAAAAAAAACUAUGAACUUGUCCAAUAUCUAGAUGAAAUUCAGACUUUAACAGAAGCUAAUGAGAAACUUGAACUUCAGAAUCAAGAAAUGAGAAAAAAUCUAGAAGAGUCUGUACAGGAAAUGGAGAAGAUGACUGAUGAAUACAAUAGGAUGAAAGCUAUUGUGCAUCAGACAGAUAAUAUAAUGGACCAGUUAAAAAAAGAAAAUGCUCAUUACCAGCUUCAAGUGCAGGAGCUUACAAAUCUUCUGAAAGCAAAAAAUGAAGAAGAUGAUCCAAUCAUGGCAGCUGUCAACGCAAAAGUAGAAGAAUGGAAGUUAAUUUUGUCUUCUAAAGAUGAUGAAAUUAUUGAGUACCAGCAAAUGUUACAUAACCUGAGGGAGAAACUGAAAAAUGCCCAGCUUGAUGCUGAUAAAAGUAAUAUUAUGGCUCUACAACAGGGUAUACAAGAACGAGAUAGUCAAAUUAAGGUGCUCACUUACCAAGUAGAUCAAUAUACAAAAGAAAUGGAAAAAAAUACUUUUAUUAUUGAAGAUUUGAAAAAUGAGCUCCAAAGAAACAAAGGAGCUUCAGCACUUUCUCAACAGACUCAUUAUAUGAAAAUUCAGUCUAAGGUUCAAAUUUUAGAAGAGAGAACUAAAGAGGCUGAGAGAACAGCUGAACUGGCUGAGGCUGAUGCUAGGGAAAAGGAUAAAGAACUAGCUGAGACUUUGAAGCGAUUAAAAGAUUAUGAAUCGGGAGUUUAUGGCUUAGAGGAUGCUGUUAUUGAAAUAAAGAAUUGUAAAAACCAAAUUAAAAUAAGAGAUGGAGAGAUUGAAGUCUUGACAAAGGAAAUCAAUAAACUUGAAUUGAAGAUCAAUGAUUUCCUUGAUGAGAAUGAGGCACUUAAAGAGCGUAUGGGCCUUGAACCAAAGACAAUGAUUGAUUUAACUGAAUUCAGAAAUAGCAAAAGUUUAAAACAGCAGCAGUACAGAGCUGAAAACCAGAUUCUUUUGAAAGAGAUUGAAAGCCUAGAGGAAGAAAGACUUGAUCUGAAGAAAAAAAUUCGUCAAAUGGCUCAAGAAAAAGGAAAAAGAACUGCAACUUCAGGAUUAACUGUUGAGGACCUGAACCUAACUGAAAACUUUUCUCAAGAGAAUAAAAUGGGAGGAAUAAAAUUUGAUUUCAUGAGCCUCAAAAGUAUGAGUGAAGCACAAUCAAAGAAUGAAUUUCUUUCAAGAGAACUAAUUGAGAAGGAAAGAGAUUUAGAAAGAAGUAGAACAAUAAUAGCCAAAUUUCAGAAUAAAUUAAAAGAAUUAGUUGAAGAAAAUAAGCAACUUGAAGAAGGCAUGAAAGAAAUAUUGCAAGCUAUUAAGGAAAUGCAGAAAGAUCCUGACGUUAAAGGAGGGGAAACAUCUGUCAUUCUUCCCAGCCUUGAACGACUAGUUAAUGCUAUAGAAUCAAAGAAUGCAGAAGGAAUAUUUGAUGCCAAUCUGCAUUUAAAAGCCCAAGUUGAUCAACUUACUGGAAGGAAUGAAGAAUUAAGACAGGAGCUCAGGGAAUCUCGGAAGGAGGCUAUAAAUUAUUCUCAGCAGUUGACAAAAGCAAAUUUAAAGAUAGAUCAUCUUGAAAAAGAGACCAGUCUUUUACGACAAUCAGAAGGAUCAAAUGUUGUGUUUAAAGGAGUAGACUUACCUGAUGGGGUAGCACCAUCUAGUGCCAAUAUCAUUAAUUCUCAGAAUGAAUAUUUAAUACAUAUCUUACAGGAACUAGAAUAUAAAGAAAAUAAGUUAAAGAAUUUAGAAGAUUCUCUUGAAGACUAUAACAGAAAAUUCGCAGUAAUUCGUCAUCAACAAAGCUUAUUAUAUAAAGAAUACCUAAGUGAAAAAGAGACCUGGAAAACAGAAUCUGAAACAAUGAAAGAGGAAAAGAGAAAACUUGAGGGUCAAAUCCAACAAGAUGCUAUAAAAAUAAAAGAAUAUAAUAAUUUGCUCAGUGCUCUUCAGAUGGAUUCAGAUGAAAUGAAAAAAACACUUUCAGAAAAUAGCAGAAAGAUCACAGUCUUACAAGUGAAUGAAAAGUCACUCAUAAGGCAAUAUACUACUUUAGUAGAAAUGGAGAGACAACUUAGAAAAGAAAAUUGGAAACAGAAGAAUGAAUUGAUAUCAGUGGAGGCUGAAGUUGGUGAAAAAAUUGGACGUUUGCAACGUUUUAAGGAAAUGGCUAUUUUCAAGAUUGCAGCACUCCAAAAAGUUAUAGAUAAUAGUGUCUCUCUGUCUGAACUAGCAUUGGCCAAUAAACAAUACAAUGAAUUGACUGCUAAGUACAGAGACAUCUUGCAAAAAGAUAAUAUGCUUGUUCAAAGAACAAAUAACUUGGAACACCUAGAGUGUGAAAAUGCAUCCCUAAAAGAACAAAUGGAGUCUGUAAGUAAAGAACUGGAGAUUACCAAGGAAAAACUUCACACUAUUGAACAAGCCUGGGAACAAGAAACUAAAUUAGGAAAUGAAUCUAACAUGGAUAAGGCAAAGAAAUCAAUAACCAAUAGUGAGAUUGUUUCUAUUUCAAAAAAAAUCACUAUGCUGGAGAUGAAGGAAUUAAAUGAAAGGCAGCGGGCUGAACAUUCUCAAAAAAUGUAUGAACAUAUGAAGACUUCAUUGAAGCAAGUGGAAGAACGUAAUUUUGAAUUGGAAACCAAAUUUGCUGAGCUUACCAAAAUCAAUUUGGAAGCACAGAAAGUGGAACAGAUGUUAAGAGAUGAAUUAGCUGAUAGUGUGAGCAAGACAGUAAGUGAUGCUGAUAGGCAACAUAUUCUAGAAUUAGAGAAGAGUGAAAUGGAACUAAAAGUUGAAGUAUCAAAACUAAAAGAGAUUUCUGACAUUGCCAAAAGGCAAGUUGAAAUUUUGAAUACGCAACAACAGUCCAGGGAUAAGGAAGUAGAGUCCAUCAGAAUGCAGCUGUUAGACUAUCAGGCACAGUCUGAUGAAAAGGCACUAAUUGCCAAGCUGCACCAACGCCUUGUCUCUCUUCAAGUUAGUGAGGCUACUGCUCUUGGUAAGUUGGAGUCCGUUACGUCUAAGCUGCAGAAGAUGGAGGCUCAUAAUUUGCGCUUAGAGCAGAAACUUGAUGAAAAAGAACAAGCUCUCUAUUCUUCCCGUUUGGAGGGGAGAAACAGAGCAACACAUCUGCGCCAAACAAUUCAGUCUCUACGACGGCAAUUUAGUGGAGCUUUACCCUUGGCACAGCAGGAAACGUUCUCCAAAACAAUGAUUCAGUUACAAAACGACAAACUGAAGAUAAUGCAAGAAAUGAAAAAUUCUCAACAAGAACAUAGAAAUAUGAAGAACAAAACACUGGAGAUGGAAUUAAAGUUAAAGGGGCUGGAAGAGUUAAUAAGCACUUUAAAGGAUGCCAGGGGAGCCCAAAAGGUAAUGAUUUGGCAUACGAAGAUAGAAGAACUCCGUCUUCAAGAGCUUAAACUCAGUCGAGAAUUAGUCAAAGAUAAAGAAGAAAUAAAAUAUUUGAAUAAUAUAAUUUCUGAAUAUGAGCAUACAAUCAGUAGUCUGGAGGAAGAUAUUGUGCAGCAGAAUAAGUUUCACGAAGAAAGACAAAUGGCUUGGGAUCAGAGAGAAGUUGAGCUAGAACGUCAACUAGAUGUUUUUGACCGUCAGCAAAAUGAAAUACUAAAUGCAGCACAGAAGUUUGAAGAGGCUACAGGAUCAAUGCCAGACCCUAGUUUGCCCCUUCCAAAUCAACUUGAGAUUGCUCUAAGAAAAAUUAAGGAGAAUAUUCGAAUAAUCCUAGAAACACAGGCAACGUGCAAAUCACUAGAAGAGAAGCUAAAAAAAAAAGAAUCUGCUUUACGGUUAGCAGAGGAAAAUAUUCUGUCAAGAGACAAAGUAAUUAAUGAACUGAGGCUUCGAUUGCCUGCCACUGCAGAACGAGAAAAGCUUAUAGCUGAGCUAGGAAGAAAAGAGGUGGAACCAAAAUCUCAUCACACAUUGAAACUUGCUCAUCAGACCAUUGCAAACAUGCAAGCAAGGUUAAAUCAAAAGGAAGAAGUGUUAAAGAAGUAUCAACAUCUUCUAGAAAAAGCCAGAGAGGAACAAAGAGAAAUUGUUAAGAAACAUGAAGAGGAACUUCAUAUUCUUCAUCAUAAAUUAGAACUACAGGCUGAUAGUUCACUCAGUAAAUUCAAAGAAACAACUUGGGAUUUAAUAAAACAGUCUCCUACUCCAGUUCCUACCAACAAGCAUUUUACUCAUUUGGCUGAGAUGGAACAGAGAGUAGCAGAACAAGAUGACUCUCUCUCCUCACUUGUGAUCAAACUAAAAAAAGUAUCUCAGGAUUUAGAGAGACAAAGAGAAGUCACUGAAUUAAAGGUCAAAGAGUUUGAAAAUAUCAAAUUACGGCUCCAAGAAAAUCAUGCAGAUGAAGUGAAACAAAUAAAAGCACAAGUAGAGGAUUUGAGGUGUCUUCUGGCCCAGUCACAAAAGGAGUCGCAGAGUUUAAAAUCUGAACUUCAGGCUCAAAAAGAAGCAAAUUCAAGAGCUCCAACAACUACAAUGAGGAAUCUAGUAGAAAGGCUGAAGAGCCAAUUAGCCUUGAAAGAGAAACAACAAAAAGCCCUUAGUCGGGCACUUUUGGAACUUCGGGCAGAAAUGACAGCAGCAGCUGAAGAACGUAUUAUUUCCACGACUUCUCAGAAAGAGGCAAAUCUCAAUGUUCAACAGAUUGUUGAUCGACAUACUAAAGAGCUAAAGUCACAAGUUGAAGAUUUAUGUGAAAAAAAUUUAAAACUUAAAGAAGCUCUUAAAACAAGUAAAAACAGAGAGAACUUACUAACUGAUAAUUUGAAUGACUUAACCAGUGAACUACAAAAAAACCAAAAAGCCUAUAAUAAAAUGCUUAGAGAGAAAGAUGGAAUUGAUCAAGAGAAUGAUGAACUGAAAAGGCAAAUUAAAAGAUUAACCAGUGGAUUACAGGGCAAAGCUCUGAUAGAUAACAAACAAAGUUUAAUUGAAGAACUCCAAAAGAAAAUUAAAAAGCUAGAAAGCCAACUGGAAAAAAAGGUGGAUGAGGUAGAAAUAAAACCUAUGAAAGAAAAGAGUGCCAGAGAAGAAGUAAUUAGGUGGGAAGAAGGUAAAAAGUGGCAAACCAAAAUAGAGGGAAUUCGAAACAGGUUAAAAGAGAAAGAGGGGGAAGUCUGUAUUCUAACAAAGCAAUUGAAUACUUUGAAGGAUCUUUUUGCCAAAGCUGAUAAAGAGAAACUUACUUUGCAGAGGAAACUAAAAACAACUGGCAUGACUGUUGAUCAUGUUAUGGAAGUGCGAGCACUGGAGUCAGAAAAAGAGUUAGAAGAAUUAAAAAAGAGAAAUCUUGACCUAGAAAAUGACAUAUCAUAUAUGAGGACCCAUCAGGCUCUUCCUCGAGAUUCUGUUAUAGAAGAUUUACGUUUACAAAAUAAAUACCUCCAAGAAAAACUUCAUGCUUUAGAAAAACAGUUUUCAAAGGAUGCAUAUUCUAAGCCUUCAACUUCAGGAAUAGAGUCAGAUGAUCAUUGUCAAAGAGAACAGGAGCUCCAGAGGGAAAACCUGAAGUUGUCAUCUGAAAAUAUUGAAUUAAAAUUUCAGCUUGAACAAGCAAAUAAAGAUUUGCCAAGAUUAAAGAAUCAGGUAAGAGAUUUGAAGGAAAUGUGUGAAUUUCUUAAGAAAGAAAAAGCAGAAGUAGAGAGGAAACUUGGCCACGUUAGAGGGUCUGGUAGAAGUGGAAAGACAAUCCCAGAACUAGAAAAAACCAUUGGUUUAAUGAAAAAAGUAGUUGAAAAAGUCCAAAGGGAAAAUGAACAGCUGAAAAAAGCAUCAGGAAUAUUAACCAGUGAAAAAGUGGCUAAUAUUGAAAUGGAAAACGAAAAAUUGAAGGCUGAACUAGAAAAACUCAAAGUUCAUCUUGGACGUCAGUUGAGCAUGCACUAUGAAUCCAAGACCAAAGGCACAGAGAAAAUUGUUGCUGAAAAUGAAAGGCUUCGUAAAGAACUUAAAAAAGAAACUGAAGCUGCAGAAAAAUUACGGAUAGCUAAGAAUAAUUUGGAGAUAUUAAAUGAGAAGAUGACAGUUCAACUAGAAGAGACUGGUAAGAGAUUACAGCUGGCAGAAAGUAGAGGUCCACAGCUUGAAGGCGCUGACAGCAAGAGAUGGAAAUCAAUUGUUAUUACAAGAAUGUAUGAAACCAAGUUGAAAGAAUUGGAAACUGAUAUUGCCCAAAAAACUAAAAGCCUUACUGAUCUUGAACAGCUUGUAAGACAAGCAACAGAGAGGGAACAAAAAGUUAAGAAAUACACGGAAGAUCUUGAGCAACAGAUUGAGAUUCUCAAACAUGUUCCUGAAGGUGAUGAAACAGAGCAAGGCCUUCAAUGGGAGCUUCAAGUUCUUAGAUUAGCUAAUAGUCAGCUGGAAAAAGAAAAAGAAGAAUUAAUCCAUCAGAUAGAAGUUAACAAAGACCAGAAUGGACCUGAAAGCACCAUAUCCGAUCCUGAUCAACUAAAGGAAAAGGUCAAAGAUCUAGAGACACAGCUCAAAACCUCAGAUCUAGAAAAGCAGUAUUUGAAGGAGGAAAUAAAAAAGCUGAAAAAAGAACUGGAAAAUUUUGAUCCUUCAUUUUUUGAAGAAAUCGAAGAUCUGAAGUAUAAUUACAAAGAAGAAGUGAAAAAAAAUAUUCUCUUAGAAGAGAAGUUAAAAAAGCUUUCUGAACAAUUUGGAGUUGAAUUAACUAGUCCUGUUGCUGCUUCUGAACAGUUUGAAGACGAAGAGGAGGAAAAUCCUGUUAAUUUCCCUAUAUACUAAGGGCCACCUCUAACUAUAGUUUUAUUUGUUUAUUAACUUUAUAAGUUAAAAUUCCAUCUGGAAGUUCCAUCUGGAAAUCAGGCAAGUCUCUGACCUACAUGAUUUCCUUCCAAUACCUUGUACCUUUACCUAAAUUGGAAUUUUUAGUAAAUAAAAUUAUAUGAAAAUUUCAACGUAUUAGAAAAGUGUAUUUUUGAAGACUUUUAGGAUAAGUUAUAUCUGUCAAAUAGGCAAUGAGCUAUGGUGAAUUCCUAUACAUUCAUAAUGUUUUAAGUUUCUUAAACAUUUAAAACUGGGGUUUUAUAUAUACUUACAUAUUCUCAAAUUAUAUAUGUGUGUAUCUAUAUAGAUAAAAAUACAUUAUGAAGUUGAGCCAUAAGUUUUCUUAAAUGUCUAGCAAUAUUAAAUUCAGCUUACACUAUUUUAUUUUUAAAGUAAAUGGUCCAGAAUUGUUGGUUUGUCUUUUAUGCUACUACCCAUGUAUAAUGGACUGAAUCCAACCUUUGUACAAGCUGAGCAGCUUGCUAUUAUAUUUUAAAUUCCAGAGGUUAAAACU